AUGACUUCGAAACCGCAUCUCCAGAUCUUUACGCUUGAUGCCCCCCAGUCCCAUGCCGACCUAAAAGAGUUCACUCUCUUCUCCAAGCUGCCAACCGAACUACGCUUCAAAAUCUGGAGGCAUUCUUUAGAGCACCCUCGCAUACUCAAGGUUCAUUUGCGGUACCCCUCCGCAUUCGAUUUAAAGUUGGGCUAUGAUGGUCAGACAAGACCACCUUCACACCAAAGUCAAAAGAACUAUCGUCCAGUGGUCGAAGGAUAUCAGACGCUGAGCAAGCUUCUAAGAGUCAACAAAGAUGCCAGAGCAGCGGCCUUGUGUUUCUACCGAGUCCAUCUACCAUGCUGGUUUACAAAAGGAGCUUCCAGGAGUGACGAUUUAGUCUCUGGCACCCUCUACUUCAACCCAGAAUACGACUUUCUACACGUGAAGCAAGAGAGUAUGGACAUGAUAGAGUUCUUCUAUGAUUUGAAGUUCAAGUAUGAUCCACAACACAUUGGCAUCCGCAACUUGGCCCUGUGUCGCAGGACGCUUGGCAAUAAUCCAGGCCGCCUCGCUCCUUUGCCAGCUUCAAACACCAACCCCGAAGCCAUGAGCGCAUUUAAAGACAUCAUCUCUCAGCUUAGAGAGGUCUUUUUCGUGUAUGUUCAAAAUAUCGCCCGCAUGAUUCUAGGCCGCGAUACUGGCGCCAUCGUGCUCCACGAAACUUCCUUCAACCGCUCAUUUCCCAUCACGGCCAUGGGACUCAACUUUGAUCGUAUAGACCGGGACCCUCGACAGGCUAGGAAGGACUUUAAAAGUCUCUCCAUCAUGGGUAACCCGCAUGAGCUGUACACCUCGUGGUUAGAGGCAAUGGAGGGCAUGGGCAUCAACCCACCAAAGGCCCAAUACCGAAUACUACUCACUUACCGGCCAUAUGAUCGCAUAUACAACGAAGAAGACGCCAGAAAAUGGAUAAAGAAAGAAGACGAAAUCUGGAACAACACAUACAAAUCGACCGGGCCCUUUUCUACUAUAGACUGGAAAACUACAGCGGGUUCUUCGCUUCCGAAAUUCCGAGACGAAGAUCUCGACAAGGCUGUGCGGCCUACGUUUGGCUUCUGGCUUUUCCCGGUAGAUGCCUUUGAUGAUGGCUCUGAGCGCGGAUUUCACUCUAAUCAGAUUUCUGCUUGGGAUGUUUCGGAGCAUUGGCCGGAGUUGGCGCUCUUGCGACUGCCUACGUCGUGA